AUGGCGGCGCGUUGGUGUUGGCGGCGGCGGCCGCGGCUGGUGGCCGUCGCUCUGCUGGUCCUGGGCGCGCUGCCGCCUCCGCCGGGCCCGGCCCUGGCCGCCGCCACGGCCUCCUCCACCGCCUCAGCCACCGCCGGGCGCUCCAAAUGGCGCGUGCCCGUGCCGCUGGCCAAGAAUUUUUUCAAUUUUGGAAAGAUCCUCUUCCGCAACAGUACGAUCUACCUGAAGUUCGAAGGAGAGACCUGUGACCCUUCGUGGAGUUUCAACGUCUCGUGGUAUCUGCGGUACACCGACUGCUACAAUGAAGUCUUCAAUUUAGGGGACGAACAAGCGGAAAGCUACUUCAGGAUGACGGAGGAGCAGCACCAGGGCUGGGCCGGCUCCUACGCCACCGCCCCGCUCUUCUUCCCCAACUGCAGCGAGCUCUUCAAACCUCAGGUUUUCAAGCAGGAGCUCGCCCACCCAACGGCUCUGUCGGGGGAGAAAGCAGAGAGCCUGAAGGAGAAGGAAGAGGACGGGGCGAACCAGACGGCCGGAGGAGAGAAGCUGGGGAUGAACGCCGUGGUCCGAACGUGGAAAGACGGGCCGUACGUCUUCAUCGUGCGAGUGGGGAUCUCCCCCAAGGAGCCCGUCAAAGAUCCCGUGUUGCCCUCCGAAGAGCUCUUCACCAUGACCGUGGAAGUGAAGGGGCCGUACGAGUACCUCUCCCUCGCCGACUAUCCCCUCAUGAUCUUCUUCAUGGUGAUGUGCAUCGUGUACGUCCUGUUCGGGGUCCUGUGGCUGGCUUGGUCGGCCUGCUACUGGCGAGACCUCCUGAGGAUCCAGUUCUGGAUCGGCGCCGUCAUCUUCCUGGGAAUGCUGGAGAAGGCCGUCUUCUACGCCGAGUUCCAGAACAUCCGCUACAAAGGAGAGGCGGUCCAGGGCGCCAUGAUCCUGGCCGAACUGCUGUCGGCCGUGAAGCGCUCGCUAGCCCGGACCCUGGUCAUCAUUGUCAGCCUGGGCUACGGGAUCGUCAAGCCGCGCCUGGGCGUGACGCUCCACAAAGUGGUGGUGGCCGGAGCUUUGUACCUGCUCUUCUCCGGCAUGGAGGGCGUCCUCCGCGUCACCGGGUCGUUGUAUGGGCCCCUGGUCCUGGUGGCCAACGUGGCCCUGUCCGCCAUCGAUUCCUGCGUCAUUUUAUGGAUCUUCAUCAGCCUGACCCAGACGAUGAAGCUGCUGAAACUGCGGAGGAACGUGGUGAAGCUGUCCCUCUACCGGCAUUUCACCAACACCCUCAUCUUGGCCGUGGCCGCGUCAAUCGUGUUCAUCAUCUGGACGACCAUGAAGUUCCGGCUGGUGGACUGUCAGUCGGACUGGCAGGAGCUGUGGGUGGACGAUGCCAUUUGGAGGUUGCUGUUCUCCAUGAUCCUCUUCGUCAUCAUGGUCCUGUGGAGGCCGUCGGCAAACAACCAAAGAUUUGCUUUUUCCCCAUUGUCAGAAGAAGAGGAGGAAGAUGAACAGAAGGAGCCCAUGCUGAAAGAAAGCUUCGAAGGUAUGAAAAUGAGAAGCGCAAAGCAGGAGCCAAACGGAAAUAGCAAAGCAAACAAAACUCAGGAAGACGACCUGAAGUGGGUAGAGGAGAACGUCCCUUCUUCCGUGACAGACGUGGCGCUCCCGGCCCUGCUGGACUCCGACGAGGAGCGCAUGAUCACCCACUUCGAGAGGUCCAAGAUGGAGUGACUGCGGGGAGACUUUUCACAGCCAAAUGCGCUAGCGUCCGGCCGGGAACACGUCGGGAAGCGGCUGCCACCCCUGGCCCCGGGCGACGACGUGACCCCGAUCUCCUCUUUGACCGUCAACGCCAGAGAGCGGUACCGGUCCCCCCCCACCCGGCCCCAGGACGAUCGACGCUCUUCCCAAACGUUCCCGAUUUGCCCCCGCACCCUGGCUUGGAUGCCGGCCCGGUCUCCGCGUGCACUUCCUAAACCCCCUUGCGACGUUUCAGCCAUUUAAUCCGUCCCACUAAAAUACUUAACUCCCACCCCCGGGGGUUGGGUCGGCCACAGCCUCGAAGUGGGACCCCCCCGGGGGCGGUUACAUGCGGGAGAAGGUGGUCUGUGAUUUUAUUUAUUUAUAAUUUGGGGAUAAGGUGGAAGAUGUUAAUUCUCUUUCCUGUCCUUGGGCUACUGUGAGAGGAAGGGCCCAUUCCCGCCUCGAAGCCCCCUUCUCCCCGCCAGACUCGGAAGGUACCCCCCCCCAUAAUUAAGGUACCAAAAGGAGAGGGAAUUGGGAAAAGGUGACUGUGAUUCAGAUCUUUUUUUUUAAAAAAAAAAAAAGGCAAAAAGUGCAAUUUUGUUUACAAAAACGGUGUCUAUUACAGGUGUUUUCUCUUUCAGGUGGAAUUUAGAGAGAGGGGAAUGUCCGCUCAACUCUUCAGGGGGCGGCAGGCCAGGCGGUGACUGGAAACGGACCCCCGCCUCGCCAAUCCCGGGGGUCGAGAGGGGGUCGAAGGGGAGGUUGGGGACGGAGGCCCCCAGUCAGGGAGUCCAGAUUUGGUCUUCUGCCGGAGAAACUGAGGCCCUCCCGCUUCUUCCCAGCAUCGUCCCGGAGGGGUGGGGGGCCGGGGGGCCGUCUCACACCGUCUCCUUUCCGGAUUUGCUUCUGUAAGAUUGAGGGAAUUGCUGCCCGGUGAUGACUUUUUUUUUUUCCUUUCCUUUUCCAUGUUCGUUUCCGCCGCUUCUGCCCUCCCAGGUUGCAGAUUUCUGUUCUGUAUACAAUGUUCUUGGCAUAUUUUUAAUGUUAAAAAAGAAAAAGCCUAACACAGGUAAACGUUGAUUUUUUUUUUUUUU